AGGAUAGUCUAAUGGCAUUGUUGUAAUUUUAUGCACACUUCAAUGGCAUUUUUAUAUAAUCAUUCAAAUAAAAGCCACUGCUCUCUCCCUAGGAUCUCUCAAAUCCAACUCACACAAAUAUCUCUCUAUCUCUCUCUCAAAAAUUCAUCAAAAUAUGGAGAAGUUUAAAAUGCUUCUAGUGCUAUUUCUCUCAACAUGCCAUGCUGCUUUGUGUUAUACAGAUGGUUUAUUGCCCAAUGGUGACUUUGAAGUUGGACCAAAAGCAACACAACUAAAGGGUACAGUAGUAACAACUCAUGAUGCAAUUCCAAAUUGGACAAUUUCAGGUUUUGUUGAAUACAUAAAAUCAGGACAAAAACAAGGUGACAUGCUAUUAAUUGUACCAGAAGGUGCUUAUGCUGUUAGGCUUGGUAAUGAAGCAUACAUUAAGCAAAAAGUAAAGCUUAUUAAAGGGUCAUUUUAUUCUAUAACAUUUAGUGCAGCUCGUACAUGUGCACAAGAAGAGAAACUUAAUGUGUCAGUAGUGCCAACUUCUGAGAAAAGAGAUUAUGGUAUUAUUCCAAUACAAACUAUGUAUGGUAGUAAUGGUUGGGAAUCAUUUGCUUGUGGGUUUAGAGCUGAUUUUCCAGAAGGUGAAAUUGUGAUUCAUAAUUCUGGUGUUGAAGAAGAUCCUGCUUGUGGUCCACUUAUUGAUUCUGUUGCUUUGAAGGUUUUGAAUCCUCCUAGAAGAACAAGAGAAAAUUUAUUGAAAAAUGGAAACUUUGAAGAAGGGCCAUAUGUAUUCCCAAAUGCAUCAUGGGGGGUACUAAUCCCACCCCACAUUGAGGAUGCUCAUGGUCCAUUACCAGGAUGGAUAGUUGAAUCACUCAAAGCAGUAAAAUACAUUGAUUCAAAACACUUCACAGUACCUGAAGGAACAAGAGCAAUUGAACUUGUAGCAGGAAAAGAAAGUGCAUUAGCACAAGUAGUUUUCACAACAAUUGGAAGAGUUUAUGACCUAACUUUUGCUGUUGGUGAUGCUAAUAAUGCAUGUGAAGGUUCAAUGACAGUAGAAGCUUUUGCUGGUAGAGACACUGUUCAAGUUCCUUAUCAAUCUAAGGGUAAAGGUGGUUUUGUUAGAGGAAAACUUCGUUUUAAGGCUGUUACAGCACGUACUAGGAUUAGGUUCCUAAGUACUUUUUAUACCAUGAAGAAUGAUAACUCUGGUUCUCUUUGUGGUCCUGUUAUUGAUGAUGUCAAAUUGCUUAGUGUUCGCUAUCCUAACAAGCACUAGGAAUGCAAUGAUGCAAAUUUGCUGGAGAGUCGGGGAGUGUUGAGAGUAAUAACAAGUCAAUGUUAUAGGUCCAUAAGAGCAGGAGACGCCGCGUCUUCACUCGCACAAAGUUAAAAUGCAUACCCAUCAUCUAUUUGGUCGAGUAUUUUUAUUAUAUUAUUAUAGAAUUAUUUCUUGUAAUAAUAUAGUUAGGAGGAUGUAUUAUUGAGUGAUUUGACAGACUCUUAUAUAUUCACGUAUCUAAUCUACAAUAUAAACGAGUGAGAAGUGUUGCGUGACAAUAUUUUAGCACUAUUUUACAAUAUGAUUUUGAAAUGUCAUUAAUUAAUUA